AUGAAAAGUGUUGCCACGAAGCGCAUUGGAAAGGAUCUGCGUCUGCUACUUGAGGACGUUAAGGCGCACGGCAACAAUAAUAGUAACAGUAGCAACAGCGAUCCUCUUGUUGUGUCCGUAGAUAGUGAAAGCGUCUAUCAAUGGCGGGUAGUGGCAAAGCCUCCCACCAGCAGUGUGUACAACAGCACCAGCACUGGUACAACGUACGAGUUAUCUGUUAUUUUCUCCGAGGAUUAUCCGCAUGAACCGCCGACGGUGCGUUUUCUGACGGCGGUGUACAGUCCGCUGGUGACGCCGGAGGGCGAGGUGUGCGAACGCCUGAUUGGCGCCGACUGGAGUCCCGCCCAGCAUGCCGCUGACGCUAUUCUGCUCGUCCUAAAUAAAGUUUUUCGUGACUAUAAAAACAGCAUCGAUGAGGACGUGCACCCAGAGGCACGUACAUGCUUGGAAACAGCACCGCAGGAGUUUGCAUCGCGAGCGCGGCGUGGCCAUUGA